CAAACAUUGAACAUCCUUCCAUGACUUGAUAUGGAUUGAAUCGAGCAUUCUUACAAUGUCAAUGUCCUCCAGGACCGAGACCGAACUCCAACUCAACGAUCAAUACCACGGCGCAUGACCGCGAUCAGCAGCUCGCGACCGAUCACAAGCGCUGUGUUCCUAUACUGCUGAUCGCUUCUCAAACGAUAUCCGACCGUCACCUCAACUAUGGCUCCUCCACAGGACCCUCCAGAGAAGAUCACUCUCCGCAUCAAGGUGGCACCGGGCCAUGUCGCAAGCGGCUCGGAAGAAUUCACGCUCGGGAGUGACAUUCCUGUGGCAUCAAGAGUCGGGCAGAUACGAGAGCGCAUACAGCAGGCACUGCCUACGCACCCGACACCGGAGCGACAACGAAUACUGUAUGCAGGACGAGCACUCGUGGACAAUGACGUGUCGCUUGCGGAAGCACUGAACAUCCGGCGCGAACCAUCACAGAACGAGUAUGUGGUACAUCUACUCGUGAAAGGCGAUGGCACGGCGCAGGUUCCUCCCCAUCGACCAGUCAGCGCAGGGUCGGCCACGAUCCCGCCGACAGUAGCAGCCGGGCAAGCGGGACAAGUAGCGGCGACAUCGCAAGCACAUCAGGAUCCAGCGGUGCUCCAACAAGCCGCCCUUCAACAUCAGGCUGCUGUUGCUCAAGCGCAACAAAUGCAUGCCCGGAUACUGUCCACCAAUCCAUUCCAACAGCGCAUGAUGCCCCAGGCGGGAGCAUUUGCAGUGCCAAACGGACCAAUCGGAGGCAACCAUGUCCAAACUCACGGCUGGCCUGGCCAGCCGAAUAUUGCUGUAGCAGGUACGCCACCGCAAGGACAAGGGCAAGACGGUGGGCAGACUGGCAGAUUGAACGCGCCGACCGGCGAAGCAAAUCUGAGCCAACAGACAGACGGGUCGCAAGCGCAGGCCCAACCAGAUGCACAGAAUCGUCCGAGAGCUGGAACACAACACGCACACAUCCAAGGUGUCCUACCCAGCGGCGAACGAAUAACGAUCCACCAACAAACAAUGACCUUUCCGCAAGGAGGUAUGCCAUCGCCGCACCUCCACCACGGAUUACGGCUUAUGCAGGCCACCAACCUCUUCAACACGCCAGGUCAGCCACCCAGUACUGGUACGUCGGCCCUCGAUCGAGCCCGCGAUAACAUCGCGUCUAUGCGACAGAUACUGGAAGAGCUGCGUGAUGAUAGCACGCUCGCGGAGCAACACGCUCGGAACGCAAGACUACUGGAGCAAAUACAGGCUCUGGACAAUUACAUCGACCCCCUACAUCUCGGCACAGUCAACAAUGGCCCAGUCAGACGAGCAAGCCCUGCUGGCGGCCCGCAGACAAUGCAAGGUCGCCAGUCGCCUUUCGGCCAACCAUCGUGGCAACAACGAGCACAGCAAAUGCGGCAAGCUCAGCAGCCAGCAGCGAACCCUGUCCCCAGCGCAGGAGAAGUGACGUGUUAUCUGCUGUCCUCGCCAACCGGUCCUCGGGCGCUUCUAUACUCUCCAGAGCAUGGCGCGUACACUGGCGGGCUGUCGACGCAAAAUGCCAGCAAUGGCACCGGUGUGCGCCCGACUCCAACAUCUGCCACGUUCGAUGGCGCCGCAAACCCUCCCGCACCUGAACAAGGCCAGCCGAACGCUGGAAUCGUUCCCGCUCAAGCUCAGCCAGCUGCACAAGCCGCAGCCGCAGUAGAGCCCGAUCCAAUGGGAGUCUUAGGUCCCUUUUUCAAUCACUUCUGGCUUACACUUCGCAUACUGAUCUUCAGCUACUUCGUCCUGGGCUCCAACAUGGGCUGGCGCCGACCUGUAGCUCUCAUGGCCAUCGGUCUUGGAUUCUGGCUCAUUCGAAUUGGUGUUCAGGGUGAUGGCCCGAUUCGACGAUGGUGGGAAGGUGUUGUGAAUCACGGUCAACAGCCAGAUCCUGCUCAGGCCGGACAGGAGGGCCAACAGCCGGCGGGUGCGCCGGCUCAAGCUGGGCAGAUGCCCACUCCGGAGCAAGUCGCACAGCGCUUGAUUGACGAAGCCAAUCGCGCGAGAGGAGAUGCACGCAACGGUCGUGUGCAAUGGGUGCGUGAGCGAUUGAGACCUGUCGAGAGAUCUGUUGCGUUGCUUGUAGCGAGUCUGUGGCCCGGCGUUGGCGAGGCAUACGUGCGGGCACGAGAGGAGGAAGACCGGCGAAGAGCCGAGGCAGAAGUGGCGGCGAGACGAUCAGAAGAAGAGGAAAGGAAGAAGAGGGAGGAUGAGGAGAAGGCAAGAGCUGAGGGCGAACAACAUCCAAAAGCGGAUGCUGACGUUGCGGGCUCUGCGAGCGGCGCUGUGGAAGCGGCAACGAACCAGAGCGAGAAGAGUCCUGCAGCCCAGCAGGCCUUCUCUGCCUAG